GUUACCCGUCUCAUUGGUUCAUUUGUAAUAUUUUCGACCUUCAAUUUUUUUUUAAUUUAAUUAUUUUAGUGCUUAAUUAUGGAGGUAAACCUUUUGAGUGACUGUCUUUCCAGAACAGCUUCAAAAAUAAAAGAAAAUAACAUGAAUAUGGUAGAUUUGGAAACUGAGGUGAAAGAAGAUGCUGAAACAUUGAGAAAGGGCAACCCAACGCCUGAGUUAACAACUUACGGUGGCAUCAAAUUAGGAUGGAUUCAGGGCGUGUUAAUACCUUGUCUCCUGAACAUCUGGGGCGUGAUGCUAUUUCUACGCAUCUCGUGGAUAGUGGCGCAGGCGGGUAUAGCGUUGACAAUACUUAUAGUGAUGCUGUCAGCGCUCGUGUGCGUCCUUACCACGCUCUCGCUCAGCGCCAUCUGCACCAACGGACAGGUGCAAGGAGGUGGUGUUUACUACCUAGUAUCUAGAUCACUGGGUGCGGAAUUCGGUGCAUCUGUGGGCAUAAUCUUCGCGUGUGCAAAUGCGGUUGCUGCCAGUAUGAACACUAUCGGCUUCUGCGAGUCCCUCAAUGAAUUAAUGAAGUUCCACGGGCUUAAGAUAAUUGAUAACGAUGUUAAUGAUAUAAGGAUAGUGGGUACAAUCGCACUUCUAGUGAUGUGCUUGAUCUGCGCUGUCGGUAUGGACUGGGAGACUAAAACUCAGAAUUUUCUGAUAACGGUGAUAGUUGUGGCUAUCGCUGCGUAUGUGACGGGCGCGUUGCUCGGACCCACUACCGCUACACAGCGGGCACAAGGCUUCAUCGGCAUUAACUUGGAGACAGCUGCGACCAACUUUUGGCCAGACUUUCGCUACAGUGACGGCGUGAAUCACAACUUCUUCAGCGUGUUUGCCAUGUUCUUUCCCGCGGUUACCGGCGUGCAGGCCGGCGCCAAUAUCUGUGGAGAUUUGAAGGAUCCUGCUACGGCUAUCCCUAAGGGCACGUUCCUAGCGUUGUCUAUAUCGUUCGCGAGCUAUUUGGGGAUGUCGGUGCUAUGCGGCACGGGGACGCUGCGCGACGCCAGCGGCAACCUCCUGGACUUAAACAAUAAUCCUCUGGAUGCCUGCAAACCAAAUUGCUUGUAUGGACUUCAUAAUACUUAUUCGAUAAUGCAAAUGAUGUCACUGUCGAGUUCGUUGAUCUACGGCGGGUGCUGGGCAGCGACGCUGUCGACGGCGCUCACCAACCUGCUGUCGGUGCCGCGGCUGAUCCAGGCGCUCGGCGUGGACCGCAUUUACCCCGGACUUAUUUUUUUCUCCAAGCCUUAUGGCAAACACGGCGAGCCUUAUCGCGGCUAUGUCCUUACAUUCCUUGUUUCACUUUUGUUCCUUCUUAUUGCGAAUCUGAACACAAUAGCGCCUCUGAUAACAAACUUCUACCUCGCGUCGUAUGCUUUGAUCAACUUCUGUACAUUCCACGCCGCCUUGAUCAAGCCCAUCAGUUGGAGGCCUUCAUUCAAGUACUACAACACUUGGCUGUCGUUCGUGGGCUUCGUGCUGUGCAUCGCCAUCAUGGUGGUGGUCAGCUGGGUGACGGCGCUGGUCACGCUGUUCGUCUUCAUUGCGCUCUAUCUCUUAGUGCUCUACAGGAACCCUGAGGGCGUGGAAUGGGGCAGUAGUACAGAAGCACACCGCUACAUGGAGCUGGUGUGGGCGCUGGUGCAGGCGAGCCGGCCGCACGCCGCGCACGCCGCGCACUCCACGCACUCCGCGCAUUCAGCGCAGGCUGCGCACUCGGCUCGCUCGUACCGCCCGCAGCUGUUGCUGCUGGCGGGGCGGCCGCCGGCGCGCGCGCAGCUGCUGCACCUCGCGCAUCUCAUUACAAAAGUCGGCUCUUUUGUAGUAGUCGCUGAUAUUACUGAGACACCAUUAUCAUACGCGGAGAAAACAAGUCGCAAACAGAUAGCCCCCAACAUCAUGCUCAUUGGAUACAAGAAUAACUGGAUGAAGGAUAAACCUGAUAGUCUGAGAAGCUACGUCAAAGUCAUACAACUGGCAUUCGAGCACUACCUAGCGGUGGCGAUAUACCGUGCGUCGAGCGCGGCGCUGCGCCGGCGCGCCAACAUGCUGGUGCUGACGGCGCGCGCGGCCGCCGCCAGCCCGCUCGCUCGCCCGCAGGCUGAUAUUAUGAAUGCAGACUCUAAUUUGGAUAUUCCCAAUGAUGAAAGACAAAUAGACGAUAGACAAGUGGCCAACUACGCGAUAGAGGAUGUAACAAAGUCCCUAAUACUGGAACGGGCCAGUGCGUCCGAGUCACAUUUGAGACUUCCACCGGCUGACUCUAUUAACUCGUAUACCUUCGAACAGACUAUACUGUCGGACAAUGAAAACGACAGUGUGGACGCCUGGUGGUUGUACGAUGAUGGUGGACUGAACAUUUUGCUGCCGUACAUCAUAGCGCGCCACAAGACAAAGAUACCACUCAGAAUAUUCGCCUUGGCUAAAGCUGGCCUGCAUAUAAAAGUCGCCGAAGACCGUAUGAGGGAUCUUUUGAAUAAGUUCAGAAUCGACUAUUCCUCGUUGACGAUGGUGCAAGGAAUUAGUGAAAAGCCAACACAACAGAGCAUCGAGUUUUUCACUAGUCUUGUUCAGACGAUGAAGAUAAAUGAAAAACGUUUCAUCACGGACGCAGAACUGGACUACCAUAAAGCGAAGACCUACAGACAACUACGACUGCGCGAAUUACUUCUGAAGAAUUCUAUCGACGCUUCGCUUGUUGUUAUCACCUUGCCUAUGCCCAGAAAGGACUCGGUGUCGGCCGCGCUGUACAUGUCGUGGCUGGAAGUGCUGAGUCGAGACUUACCGCCCGUGCUCUUUGUUCGAGGAAACGAUUCUUCAGUACUAAGUGCUUGAUUUAAAAUAGUUUAGGUUAUCUAUAUAAUCAAUAAUUAUUGUUUUGCACAAUUCAAGCUUUUAGUUAUUAA